AUCAGAGUCCAGAGAGGGCGAGGGGGCAAUUGAAAGAGCCCCCCGCACGCACGCCGCCGCACGCACAUCGUCCUGCUCCUCUCCUCCUCCCUUCCUCGUGCCCGUCUCUUCCACCUGCGCCUGCGUAGAAAUACAGGGGAACAGAAGAAGCAGGAUUAGUGCGUGCCGCCUGGGCCUCUCGCUCCGCCUAAUCCCCGCUUGCUCCCUAAACCAAUCCAACCCCUUCACAUUAGCCGCGUGCGCGCGAGCGAGCGCCUCGCCGCCCGGCUUUUGGGGCGUCGCCGUGCGGUCGCUGCUGGGUGUUUGUGGUGGUGCCGCCCGCGGACUGAGGUGCCGGCGGCGAUGGCGAUCCGCGGCCCGGACGCGGCAUCCUUCUUCCCGCUCACGCUCCUCUUCUCCCUCGGCUUCUUCUGUGCUCGCUUCCUCCUCGACCGCCUCGUCUACAAGCCGUUGGCAGUUUACCUUUUCACCAGCAAGGGUUCUAAGUUGAUGAAUGAUGAGGCCAGACAAGCAAAGAUUGUCAAGUUCUCAGAAUCCACUUGGAAGCUGACAUAUUAUGCUUCUGUUCAGGCAUGGGUCCUGUUGAUAAUAAAGCAAGAACCAUGGUCAUUGGAUACAAUGCAAUACUUUGAUGGCUGGCCGAAUCAGCCCAUCCCGUCCUUGUUGACACUUUUCUACAUGUGCCAGUGUGGAUUCUAUAUCUACAGCAUUUUUGCCCUUAUUGCCUGGGAAACCCGCAGAAAAGAUUUUGCUGUAAUGAUGUCUCAUCAUGUGGUAACAUCUGUUCUGAUUGGAUAUUCAUAUCUGACUGGAUUUUUUCGAAUAGGGACAAUUAUUCUUGCUUUGCAUGACGCGAGUGAUGUUUUUCUGGAGACCGCCAAAUUGUGUAAGUACACAGAAAAGGAACUAGGGGCUAGCUUGUUUUUUGGGCUUUUUGCUCUCUCCUGGCUCCUAUUGCGUCUGAUUUACUUCCCAUUUUGGAUAAUCAAAACCUCAAGCUAUCAGUCCAUCAUAUCCUUGAGGAAGCUGGACAGAUUCCCGACGACCUUGUACUACAUUUUCAACACAAUGCUCCUCACAUUACUCGUGUUUCAUAUGUACUGGGGGAAACUCAUAUUUUUAAUGAUAAUGAGACAAUUGAAUAAUAAAGGAAAGGUUGGAGAGGAUGUUCGAUCUGAUUCGGAGGAUGACGAGUGAUAGGGGAGUUUCUUUGACAAUUAUGAUGUGCCAUGUCUCUGCUCUGCGCAUGUUUGCCAGAGUUGAUUGUACAUUGCCUUGUGAUAUCAAACAUGGCUAGACCAAGAAACUGAGCAGGUUCGAUAUAAUAUCAAACAUGGCUAGACCAAGAAACGGAGCAGGUUCUUACAUAGCGGGUAUAGCUAGGAACUUACUUGAAGAUCGCUUCAUAAUUUUCAGUUCAUCUUUCUUUGUUAUUAGAAAAGAUUUAAGAGGUCGUUUUCUGUACCUUUUUCCAAAGCUUAGAGACCCCUCUGUACCAUAUUUUGUAUACUGCGACUAUGAGUAGGUUUAGUUCUAAUUCAUGGGAAGGAAUAAAUUGAUUCUUUGAUCAGGAGUGAAUCUCACCUGUAUCUUAAUCAUGUCAAGUGAGGUCUCAAGAGUCUCAUGCAGCUACAUAUAAAUUUUCGAAGGUGAUGAUUUGUCUUAGUUUUGGUGUCCGUAUCUGUAUGUUUGAGUACUUGACUAUUCAUUUUUCUAUUCUUGUAUUUUUCCAAUCCUGUGAAUCAAAGAGACCCUUAUUAUGUGAAA